AUGGAUCCUGGGCAUCAGAAGUUGGCUUCAGUUGGAUCCCUCGCACUUCUUCCAAACUGCGUGCACACAUUGCUCCUUUGGUUUUUGCCAGAUGGCGCACUGUGCAGGCUCUGCAACUCCAGCCACUUCACGUGCACUGCUGCAAAUGAGCACCCGUCGUGGCAGCAGCGGGUUCUGCAAAGAUUUGGUGGCGAGUUCCUGGAGCUUGGCUACCAGCUUCCGAAGGAGUGGAAGCAACUCCACAAUCGGCUCACGAAAGCUUCUGACAGCUUGAGCUGGCUGGGAGGCGCAGAGCCUCAUCAAAGACGCUCCCGUUUUCCGACUGGCUCAGCCCGGCAAGACAUGGAGUUGCAAUGGUCCCUGGUGGUACCAGAUGAGUCUCUUGGGACUCUUGGGGCUCUGGCAGUUUUGUGCUAUGAUGGUCGAUCUUGCUCCUUGCAUGACUUGGCUACGGAGAAGGUCACCGUUCUCUGGAGCAGUCGAUGGAAUGAGGGGAUCGAGCCACUGCGUGCUGUGGUUGGUCAAGGCUGCAUCUACCUCCUUGCUUGUGCCUCAAAGGUUGACAUCUACUCUUACAGCGGCUCGCGCCAAGGAGAACUAACGCUUGGACAGGGCAAGAAGCUUGACCUCUUGCGCAGCGCGACCGACUUAUUUCUUGCAGAGGGCAGGUUGAUCAUAGAGAGCUCCUCCGAGUUGCUUGUGUGGAACACCGCUGCUCGUUCUCACCUUUGCUGCAUUCCGCCCGAAGCUCAUGCAGAAACGGAAGCCGAGGGUUUGCAAGGACGGCCUUGUGGCAACGGCAUCCUCGCCACCUGGUUCGAAGAAGGAGGACGCGAUGUGAAGUUCUGGAACAUGCAAGAUGAACCACGUCUGCUUAUGCGCUGGGUUCCGGCUCUUUCAGAUCCACAGUGCGUGUUGAUCACCUUUGCCACAUCCACCUUCGAGCGACUGCUGGUAGCAAUUGACUCGACAAACACGGUGCAUGUGGCAGUGAUGCAAGCGAUGCAGGAUUCCGAGGAGGGGGGAUGUAGCGUGAGGUCAGUCGAACUUUACUCCUGCCAGCUGUUUCCUGGCCAGAGUUCACGCAUCUUGCCCUGCUCUGUCGCCGUUAGGUGCGGCGUGCUGGCAUUUGUAGAAGCAGCGGACCUCGAAGCGCAAGAGCGGCAGCUUCAUGUAUGGCAGCUUGCGCAUCACGGCGCGCUGCUCCCGACACCUAUCCGCUUGACUGCCCCUUUCUGCACACAUGGCCCCACGGUCUCAGUUCCCAAGCCGUUGAUGGGCCGCUUUGUGCUGUUGAAAGGCUGCUCGGCCGUGGAGGAAUCUCAUCCCUUCGUGAGUGUCCAUCUCUUCAGCCUGGACCACGUUCACGAAGUUCAAGAAGUUCAAGAAGUUCAAGACGGGCGGGAGCGACAUCGGCUGCGUAAGCUGUACACGCACGGAUGGGAGAACGUUUCGGACUCCACUUUGUUCCGUCGGGCGCAUCCGCUGGCUGACCACCUUUUGGGGAUCUGGAACUUAAGCGACGUACGCUUGGACGGAAAGACGUCGGAGCCCGCUCUGAAGUCCUUCGUCCUCGUGAACCUCUCGCAGAUGGAAAGUGGAGAGCCGGAAAAGUCAGCAAAGAGUUGUCUUCGUAGGCAGCUUUGCUUCUUUAAAGUGCACUUUAUCGCCUUCAAGGAUCACGCGGACGAUCCCUCCAAUUUGUCGGCAGCGACGCUGGCACACCUGCCUCGGGAUGUCGUCCGCUACUACAUGGCUAACGGGAUAAAGCCACGAGGCCUCCAGCGGUUUGAGGACAAAGACGGCAACCCCGUGCCAAAGUACAUCCCCAAGGAGCCCAUCAACUCGCAAGCAGUUCCCGUCAAAGCCAUGCGAAUCCCGAGCGGCUCAGCCAGCGGUUCCCGUGACACUUCCAAGGUGGGGUCAUCGCGCACGGGGACGAAUUUGCCUUCAGGCUCCAAGUCACCAGAGUCUCGUGGCAGAUCGCCGGCUGGGUCCAGGGUCACGAGCAAGUCUGCAUCUGCAUCCAUGAGGUUGGAGAACGCAGUCACUGAUGAGGAGGAGGAAGAGCCGUGGCCAGAGGAGGAGGACUCCGAUGAAGACAAGAAAGAGAAGGACGCCGAGCACAAGUUGCCGAUCUACCUCGAGGAGGAGCGGCUGCGCCUGCUCAACAACGGCGUUGGACUGGGCUAUGAGAGGUUCCGGAUCAUCCGCGCGAUUCGGGAUGGCUUGCCAUCUGCAGCCUUGGAUGUCCUGGUCGACAACAUGUUGCAUGGCGGCUACGGCCACUCGCCGAGCUUUAAAGAUGCGGCGGCUGCCGCCUUGUCGGAUGCGGAGUUCUAUAGUCUUCCGGGCAUGGCGCGCCCUGGAGCAACGAAGGAUUUGGCCGGUGCUGCAUUGGAGAAGGGCCGCCUGGCGAAGAGAAUCCGGAUGGGAUCCGAUGAAGACGACGAUGAUGUCGAUUAUGGGGCGAGGUUGCGUGAGUUGGCGCUACCUCCAAAGUCCUUGGAUCGGAGGAUGGAAGGCCGCCUCGGCCUCCUUCCGAGAGAUCGCGUCCAGAUCAAAGAGCCUGCUCCACGUCGAGAGCGGACAAUGACGGCCAGCUCCGCCGUUAGUCGAGACCCAUGGGAGACUAUGCGUGUUGAAGAUGGUUCAGCUGCGCGCACUCUACUGGAACUGUCGGCCUCUCGAAAUGAAAGCAAGGAUGAGGCGCACGGCUACCCCGGUGUGGCCCGCGGUGCCACGAAAACACUGGAAGAGGCAGCGGGCAUGCUGACCAUGAUGCAAAGCAAUGGCAGCAAAGGCACCCAAGACCCGCCUUCGCCCCACAUGGCCAUGGACGACCUGCAGCAAGAGCUACGACUUGCAGGUCGUGCACGCUCCAACACAAACGAGCCAGACAUGGCAGCUGCCGACACCGAUAUAGAGACCGAGCCAGUGAUAGACACUCUCAGACAGAUGAGUGGCAACUAUGCUAGUUAUGCGAGUAGCUGA